UCUAAAUUUAACAUUUCUGAGCUGAUUUGUCAUUUAUAAUUUUCCCAAUAUUCUUCCGUUUUCCGCCUUUCAACAAGUUUCAAGAAUUAAAAUUCGGCUCGGGUUUGAAUGAAAUACUAUUUAUGAACAUCGAAUUCCUUAGAUAUCAUCGAAUUUAAUAUAGUGAAGUUUGACGAUUUCGGGUAUUGUGUUUAAUUUUUUUGGAUUAUCCUAUAAAUAUGCCAGUGUUUCAUACCAAGACAAUUGAGUCUAUUUUAGACCCAGUUGCACAACAGGUAUCAAAAUUGGUUAUUUUACAUGAAGAAGCUGAAGAUGGCCUCCCCAUGCCCGAUCUUCAACAACCAGUUAGAUCCGUUAGCAAUGCGGUCCUCAAUUUAGUGAAGGUUGGAAGGGAAACAAUAAACAGUUCAGAUGAUCAAAUUUUGAAACAAGACAUGCCAGGUGCAUUGGUACGAGUAGAAAGGUCUUCCAAAUUAUUAGAAGAAGCUUCCUGUAUGCUGAAAGAUGAUCCAUAUAGUUCACCAGCCAGAAAACGACUGAUAGAUGGAAGUGGAGGCAUUUUACAGGCCACUUCUGCCUUAUUGUUGUGCUUUGAUGAAUCUGAAGUUAGAAAAAUUAUAAGGGAAUGUCACAGAGUAUUAGACUACCUCGCUGUUGCUGAAGUUAUUGAAACUUUAGAUGAACUGGUUCAGUUUUUGAGAGAUCUGAGUCCGUGCCUGAGUCGUGUAUCCAGAGAAGUUAGCGCUAGAGAAAAAGAGCUCACUCAUCAGGUGCAUGCCGAAAUACUCGUCAGAUGUUUGGAGCAAAUCAAAACCCUGGCUCCGAUCUUAAUUUGUUCCAUGAAAAUCUACAUUCACAUCGUAUCACAAGGCGGAAAGGGGGCUGAAGAAGCAGCAGAAAAUAGAAAUUACCUGGCUAUGAGGAUGACUGAUGAGAUAAAUGAGAUAAUAAGAGUCCUUCAGCUAACAAGUUAUGAUGAGGAAACUUCAGAACUUGACAAUUUAACUGUACUGAAAAAAUUGCAGAACGCUAUUCAGAACAAAAUCAACACCGCUAAUGAUUGGUUACUGGAUUCAAAUGCGGUGAAAGGAGGAAUAGGAGAAAAAUCUCUAAGACAAAUUAUAGAGGAUGCACAAAAAGUAUCACAAAGAUGUUUACCUCACGAUUCCAAUAUGAUCAACAAAUUCUGUUCAGAUCUGACUACAAUGACAGAUGCCUUGUGUGAAUUGAGACAAGAAGGCAAGGGAAAUACACCCCAAGCAGAGUCUCUAGCUAGAGGAAUUAGGGAAAAACUCACCGACUUACAGCAAGCUGUUCUUCAUGCUGUUGUUGCAGUUGAUAAAACUGGUCUCCAACAAACAGCGCAUACUGUACAAGGAAGGUUGGAGCAAGCAAGGAAAUGGUUGUCCAAUCCUGGUCAGGACGAUAAAGGUUUAGGACAAAGAGCGAUAGCUCUAAUAGCAGAAGAAGGAAGAAAAGUGGCAAACGGUCUGCCCGGCAUACAAAAAACCGAGGUCCUCCAGCUUUGUGACGAGGUGGAGGGUUUGUCGCAUCAACUCUCAGACCUCUGCGCUCAAGGGCGAGGGGACAGUCCACAGGCUCAUGAAGUGGCAAAGAGGCUCUCUCAAAAGCUGCAUGAAUUGAAGGAGAAGAUCAAUCAGGCAGUUGUAAAUAGGGUUGUGGAGGAUUUCAUCGACAUCGUCACUCCGUUGAAACAGUUCACUGAAGCUGUGAUGGUUCCGGAGGGCACCCCCAACAGGGAUCAGAAUUUUUCAGACAAAGCAGCGAACUUGCAGCAGUUCUCUAACAGAGCUGUCAAGACGGCUAAAAUGGUGGCUGCAGGCGGCAGUGGAGGCAACAAAAAGAUUGCUGAAUCCUUACAGAGUGCUGCCAAUCAAGUGGAGAGUUUAACCCCUCAACUGACCUCAGCUGGAAGUAUCAGGAUGAACUAUCCUUCAUCCAAGGCGGCUGAUGAACACUUUGAGAACCUUAAAAAUCAGUACGCUGACACCCUGACCAAAGUCAGAAACCUCUGCGACGAAGCAACAGACUCCGCAGACUUCAUCAAAGCUUCAGAGGAACAAAUGAGAAAGCAUACAUUCUUAUGCGAAGAAGCUAUUAAGAACAAGCAACCCCAAAAGAUGGUGGACAAUACCUCUGCUAUUGCUCGUCUUGCAAACAGGGUGUUGUUGGUAGCCAAACAGGAGAGUGACAAUUCUGAAGAUCCUAAUUUCAUCGAUGACGUGAACCGUGCAUCUGAUUACUUGCAAAAUUGUGUUCCGCCAAUGGUACAAGAUGCAAAAUUGGUUGCCAUAAACCCUUCUGAUGUAGGUGCUGCUUCAAGGUGGAGAGAAUCUAACAAAAUGUUGUUAAAUGCAGUGGAAGUUGUUCGUAAGGCUGUUCUGAUCAAUCCAGAGUUACCACCUUUACCCGAUAUGAAUUCUCUUCAUUUAGAACCCCCUGCACAUACAUACUUUGUCGAUAAAGUGGGAGAACUAUUAAGGAGAACGCCUACACCAGGAGACAGAAAUUUGGGGACACUUAGUCCCACUCAUCACCAACAGGGCAGGGUUAGCCCAUUGCCAAAAUGGGCCAGAGGAGAUAAUUCAGAUUUGCUCUACCAAGAACUUUUACCCAAUCAAAAUGAAAGAGAUGAGGCACCUCCAAGGCCACCUCUUCCCAGCGAUGGAGCUCCAGUUCGUCCACCACCUCCUGAAACUGAUGAUGAAGACGAUGUUUUCAAGAACGCUCCCAGUUCCAGUCAACCAAUAAUGGUUGCAGCGCAUAACCUACAUAGAGAGGUGAGACAGUGGUCUGCUAAAGAUAACGAACUUAUUGGUGGAGCCAGAAGAAUGGCGGUUCUUAUGGCCAGGUUGUCAGAACUGGUUCACAACGAUGACAAAGGGAGCAAGAGGGAACUGAUAGCCACAGCUAAGGCUAUAGCUGAUGCUAGCGCCGAUGUCACCAGAAUAGCCAAGCAGUUAGCUAGAGAAUGUACUGAUAAAAGGAUUCGUACUAAUUUGCUACAAGUAUGUGAAAGAAUACCAACGAUCGCUACUCAGUUGAAGAUUCUGAGUACUGUUAAAGCUACAAUGUUGGGUGCACAAGGUUCAGAAGAAGAUAGAGAAGCCACAGAAAUGUUGGAAGGAAAUGCACAGAAUCUAAUGCAAAGUGUAAAGGAGACGGUGAGGGCUGCUGAGGGAGCAAGUGUAAAGAUUCAUGCCCAAACUCACGGUCGUUUAAGAUGGGUCAGAAGACAACCAUGGUACGCUUAUGCUUAAAAUAAGACUAUAAGAGAAAUCUUUUUCGAACCAAUUGAACAUUAUAUUAAGCAAAAACAUAUAUUGUUAACAUUUUUUUUAACCGUUCACAAGAUUUUUGAACAUAUAUAUGCGGAAUUCAAUGUAAGGAUCAUAUUCUUUUUAAUUUUUAUGUUAAAUUAUCAAUUAAGGUCCAUAAUGUUGAAAAAACAAUAAAUAUUCUCUAGUUCGAUUGGUAUCAGAAGAAUUUCGGGUUUAAUGUGUUCAAUAUUUGAUAAUUUCAUUAAGUUAUUUUUCACAUAUGAAAUAUAAAAAUUAUCAACAAAAAUUUUCAAAAGUGUUCACAUGUAAUUUUAACGCUAAAAAGGAAGUAACAAACUAGUAUUUAUUAAUUUCAUUUUUUAACAUCUGUGACAUUGUUUUUUGACUAAUCUUGAUACUGGAAUAUUUUUUAUUAAUAACUUUUGAUGAUUUUUUAUAUAUAUAUAUUUAAUGUACGAAAGGAGAUAAUAAGCUAGAUAAACAUAGAGACUUAGAACUUGCCUUGCUAUAUUUUAUAGAAAUAUUUUUAUAAGCUUUACAUAUUCUGAAAAAGUGCAAUAGGUGCCAAAUUAUGUUUUAAAGAGGAGUCAUAACUAAAGAUGAUUUCUAUUUAGUGAAAAACACCAAUUAUAGUGUACAAUCUAGACUAUUUUAAAUGCUAUGUCUUGAGCAGGAUCAAAAUAUUUGUUGGAACAUGCUUUUUAUAUUUGUUCUGAUAGUUGUUCGUCCGUUUUUAUAUUUAUAAUAUUAAUAUGUAUUUGUUAUUUAUACAAAUGAAAUGUAAUUGGAUUGAAAUUUAUGUAAUUGAAAUAAUAAAAUUAAUAUACCAUAGCACAAAA